AAUAAUAAUAAUAAUAAUCAUAACUGAGAAAUAGAACUAUUAAAGAUUUAAAAUGGAAUAUCACAUCAAUUACAAUCACUUAUUAGACUGAAAUCUCCUUAUUCAUGAUUUAUUGAAGAGUAUUCAUUAGAUGUUUCUCUUUUUUUUUCUUCUCUCAGUUCAACGAAUACGGAUUCCAUUAUUGAUUAUUGAUUAAAACAAUAACAACAACAACAACAACAACAACAACAAGAGUAUUGAUUUAUUCAUAAUAAAAUAAAAUAAUGAAUGUAUAUAAUAGUGAAAUUGUAUCAAUCAAAUCAUUGCAUAGUAAUACUAGUCAUGUAUUAUCAUCAUCAUCAUCAUCAUCAUCGAAUUCUUCAUCACAACAAUCAUCUAAUUCAUUAAGAGCACCAUCUAUCACUGGUUUACCCCAAUUGAAAAAUCUUACAGCCAUAGAAAUUAAUAAUAUUAAUAAAAAUCCAUUCAUUACAUAUCCAAAUGAUAAAUAUUAUAUAAAAAAUAUACCAAAUAUUAUUAAUACUACUCAUAAUAAUACUACUGAUUUUACUGAUGAAAUCUUUCAAACGAAUGGACAAUUAUUAACUAUUCCAGAUGGAUUGAAUCGCAAUAAUAAUAAUAAUAAUGAAUCAAAUCUAUGGAAUUUGAAUUAUAAUACACAUUCUAUUCAUAAACAUAAAACUAGAAAUAAUACAUUAUUUUGUGGUCCAGGACGUAAACGUUAUUUAAUUGCAUUUCUAUGUUGUACAUGUCUUACUAUUGUUAUUGGUAUGAGAUCAGAAAUGUUAGGUAUUAUAACAAAUUUAAAUAAUACUAAUACACGUAUCACAUUUGGUAUUAAAUAUACAACAAAUAUGAAAUAUCAAAUGGAUUAUAAUCAUCAUCGUCAUCAUCAUAAUCAUAUGAAUCUAUUCAAUAGAUCAAAACAAAUGAAUCAUAUCAAUAUAAAUGGAUCUAUAUAUUCAAAAGAAGAACAACAAGAAGGAGAACAACAUGAAGAAGAAGAAGAAGAUAAUGAUGAUGAGGAGGAUAUUGAUCAUGAAUUACAUACCGAUUCAAAUAGACUAUUAGAUAAUAUACGUCCAUCAACAUCAUUAAUAUUUAAACCAUCAGAACAUCGUAAAAUGCCAUGGACAGAAACAAUUAAAAAUGAUAUAGUAGAAAAUUCUGUAUUUUUUGCUUAUUUAAUAACAAGUCCAAUAGGUGGUUAUUUAACAGUGAAUUAUGAUUCAUCAUUUUUAUUAGGUAGUUCUGUAGCAAUUACAUGUGGUAUGAAUUUAUUUUUACCACUUGUUGAAACUAUAGGUAAUAAUAUUAAUGCAAAAUUAAUUAUGAUUAUAUUAUUAAGAUUAAUACAAGGUUUAGCUGAAGGUUGUUUAAUCCCAUCAGUAUUUGGUAUAUUACGUUUUUGGAGUCCUAUUAAUGAACGUUCAACAUUAGUAUGUUUAUCUGUUAUCGGGGUAUCAUUAGGACCAUUAAUUGGUUUACCAGUAUGUGCUGAAAUUGAAAAAAAAUGGGGUUGGGGUGUUGUAUUUUAUAUUUAUGCUAAUUUAGGUUUAAUAUGGUGUAUAUUUUGGUGGAGAUUAAUUGAUGAAAAACCAAAUAAAGAUAAAAAAUUAAAUAAAUAUGAAUUAAAUUAUUUAAAAUCAACAAUAUCUAAUCGUAUAUUAUAUAAUCAUAAUUAUACUCCGAUACCAUGGAAUAAAAUAUUUACAUCACGUCCUGUAUAUGCUAUAUUAUUUACAUAUGCUGCAGAUGAUUGGACAUUUCAAAUAUCAUCAGUAUGUAUGCAAUCAUUUUAUCAACAAAUUUAUAAUGUAGAUGUAGAACGUACUAUAUUUUUUUUAUCAUUCCCUUUUUUAUCAAGAUCAAUAUUUGUACCAAUUGGUAAGUGAUAUUAAAUAAAAAUAAAAUAAAUAUGUUUUUUUUUGUAAAUUGAAUAGUUUACAUCAUGAUUUCAUUGAAGAUAGAUCAUCAUGGUGAAC